UUGGUGUAAUGAAUACAUCCCAGCUACGUUUCUUAGACGUCAGAAAUGAAUGCGGCUGAUGAUGUGACCAACACUCUCACCCGGACCACGCCGCCGCAACUGUUUCUGGGAGGAGAAGAACGAUUCGGACUGCAAUGCAAUCCCAGGAACGUUGCAAUGCCUUGUUCCACUUAUGAGGUUGGGGUAAAGGCAAUGUUUGAGUGCCGUUGGUAAUCACAACGGGGUAGGAUAGGAAUUAGGAUUCUUCUACAACGCUAAGAAACUUUAUCCAAUGCAACGUUAGAAAAAAUGACAUUAUUGAUCACCCAGUCCAGCUAGUUACUACUAACUACAGAUUUCGUCUUGAUGUUUACUGGAGAGAGAGUGGAAGCUGGCACCAUGGGCACAACAUUAACAUCCACCGUGUUGAAAUAAUCUGGACCCACAAUACUGCGCUGACCCCGCCAUGGCAGGCUUCAAGCGAGGGUAUGAUGGCAAGAUCGCCGGGCUCUAUGACCUGGACAAGACGCUGGGCCGGGGCCACUUCGCUGUGGUCAAAUUGGCUCGCCACGUCUUUACCGGGGAGAAGGUGGCAGUCAAGGUCAUUGAUAAGACCAAGCUGGACACGGUUGCCACGGGUCACUUGUUCCAGGAGGUGCGCUGUAUGAAGCUGGUGCAGCACCCCAACAUUGUCCGGCUUUAUGAGGUGAUCGACACGCAGACCAAGCUCUACCUGAUUCUGGAGCUGGGGGAUGGAGGGGACAUGUUUGAUUACAUCAUGAAGCAUGAGGAGGGCCUCAGCGAGGAGCUGGCCAAGAAGUAUUUUGCUCAGAUCGUCCAUGCAAUCUCCUACUGCCACCGACUGCAUGUAGUACAUCGCGACCUCAAGCCGGAGAAUGUGGUGUUCUUUGAGAAGCAGGGCGUGGUGAAGCUCACUGACUUUGGCUUUAGCAACAAGUUCCAGCCAGGGAAAAAACUCACCACCAGCUGUGGGUCGCUGGCUUACUCUGCCCCAGAGAUUCUGUUGGGAGAUGAGUAUGACGCUCCUGCAGUAGAUAUCUGGAGUCUGGGUGUGAUCCUCUUCAUGCUGGUGUGUGGACAGCCCCCCUUCCAAGAGGCCAACGACAGCGAGACCCUCACCAUGAUCAUGGACUGCAAAUACACUGUACCCACGCAUGUCUCCAAUGCCUGCAAAGAUCUGGUGGGCCGCAUGCUGCAGCGGGAUCCAAAGGGCCGCGCCUCCCUGGAGCAGAUAGAGAGCCAUGCCUGGCUGCAGGGGGUGGACCCGUCGCCCGCCACCAAGUUCAACACACCCCUGGUGUCCCACAAGAGCCUGUCUGAAGAGGAGCACAACGGCAUCAUACAGCGCAUGGUGCUGGGCGACAUCGCGGACCGAGAGGCCAUAGUGGAAGCCCUGGAGACUAACAAGUAUAACCACAUCACUGCCACCUACUUCCUCCUGGCUGAGAGGAUCCUGAGGGAGAAACAAGAGAAGGAGGUCCAGACGCGCUCCUCCAGCCCCAGCAACAUCAAGGCUCAGUUCAGGCAGUCCUGGCCGACCAAGAUUGACAUGCACCAGGACAUUGAGGACAGCCUGGCAGCCUCGUCCAUCUCCCAUUCUGGGGGUCCCCAGUCUCCCGCCCGCAGCACUGAGAACCUCCUCAACGGACACCGUGCCAAGGGCCUGCUGGAGCUUCGCAGGGAUGAGUGUGACCCAGGGGCCUCCGGUGCCCCUGCCCCCAUUUCUGGGCCUGCCAGAUCUGGAGCCACGGCCCCAGCGCCCUCCACCUCUGCCAAGCAGCGCACCUGCCUGUUCAGGGUGGAGGAGGACGAAGAGGAGGAAGAGGAGAUGGACCCGUCCCCGCUGUCCACUCAGGUGAUCCUGCGUCGCAAGCCUCCGUCUAUCACCAACCGCCUGACCUCCAGGAAGAGCGCUCCGGUUCUUAAUCAGAUCUUCGAGGAGGAGGGCGAGUCGGAUGACGACUUCGACAUGGACGAGGGUCUGCCGCCCAAACUCAGCCGGCUGAAGAUGAACGUGGCAGCUGCCGCGGCCGGGUCGCCGGGCACCGCUCAGAAACGCUACCACCGCCGUAAGAGCCAGGGCCGCGGCUCGUCCUGCUCCAGCUCAGAGACCAGCGACGACGACUCUGAGAGCCACCGGCGGCGCCUGGACAAGGACACGGGCUUCGCCUACAGCUGGAACCGCAGGGACAGCAGCGAGGACCCCCCCGGAAACUCUGGGGGAAACGGGGGCAGCAGCAGUGGAGGGCAGAGCAAACCCCCUGGGGAGGGAGGCAGCUCCGGACCAGACAAGGGCAGUCCUCCUGGAGGAGGUGGUGGGGGGGGUGGGGGUGGUGGUGGAGGAGGAGGUGGUGGUGGUGGUGGGGGAGGUGGGGGAGGAGGUGGUAAGGGACAGGGUUCCCCCUCCAGUUGUUCUAAUAGUAACCACUCGUCUUCGGGCUCAGGGUCCAUACGGGGUCACAGGGCAGCAGAGCUGGUGGAGGGGCUGAAGCUCAUGAGCCUGUGUCUCAGCUCCCAGUUACAGAAGAGGGGGAGGAGUGGGGGCCCCGGCCUGGCCGGAGGGGUGGGCCAGUUCAUCAUAGACAGCAGCCUGUCGGCCGUCAGCGUCAAGACCCAGGAGAGGUCCUCGUGGAAGAUGUGCAUCGGCUCCAAUGGCAGCCUGGACCUGGACCUGGACCCCAUGGCCCUGCCCACCAUGGCCCUGCCCACCACGGCCGCCAACAACCUGGGGGCGUACGCCGACCAAACGGCGGCGGCACUCAGCGAACUGGCCCUGGCCACCAAGGAGAAGAAUAAGCUGAACAGCCUGAAAAACAAUGUUCUCCAGCUACCUCUGUGUGAAAAGACCAUAUCUGUUAACAUCCAGCACAGCCCCAGAGAAGGGCUCCUGUGUACAUCCUCUCAGGCCAGCUGCUGUCAGGUGAUAUGACGGCCACACACCGCGCACCCUCUGUCGUUACUCUGCCAGGCGACCAUGUCCGACCACAGUCACCGAUGUAGCAUACGUCUGACCUCGGAAACAGCUCACCGUCGAAACCUGCCUUCUGCUGUUGUCUUAAAAUAUUCAAACUGUUUUUAUUUCGAUUUCUUUGGGAACGCCCCCCCCCCCCCCCCUCCCUUCACUAAGACCUAUGACAUAUGAGGCGCAUGCUGCUAGGGGUCAUUUAGUUUGCUACUAUCACUUUAGCCUUUUGCCCCCCCCCCCCCCCCCCCUCCCUUCAAUGAGAUGAGGUAAUAGCACUUAACUAAAAUUGUGAGGUGAGUUGAUGGCAUUUAUAUAAACAGAAAUAUGGAAAUGGGAUUGAUUUUGAUUGAUUAUUUUGAGACUAAAAAGGACCAAAUUUUGCAGUGGGUAAGUAGGAGCACAUGGUAGCUGAAACGACACUUUAAAUAUGUCAUUUUGGUCUACUGCUUAAAUCCAGUCCUGAUAUUUCUGUGCACUAGCAGUGGAAUAUAAUGAUUCGGCUGGGAGAUGUACAGCUACUGUUAGUAAACUAUUGUUUGUUAAUGGCUUCCAAUCAAGGUUUCUACUUAGGUGGUUUGAAGCGUAGCAGGAAAAGUAAACCAACCUGGACUUAAAUGCAAAAUUGUUUGUGAUUCGGUCUAAGAUCUUAUAAAUGUCAGGGUCCAGUUACAGGUUUAAAAUGUAGGUUUGCUCUGUUACAAGCAAUGUUCAGCUCCAUGGAGUAUUUCAACAAUGUGCAUUCUGACAUCUUGUCUCUUUCAAACCUCCCCUCAUUGAGACGGCUAACUCAUCGUGGCCCCCCAACCGUUUGGGGGGGGGCACCCACCUGUCCCCACUAAGAGAACGCGUUUUAAAAAUAUCUUCUGUUUAACAAAUCACUUUUUAAAUAUUUUAUCAGUGAAACACCUACAAUGGAUACAGACUGAAGAUAAAACCUUUCCCAGACGGGAGUAAUGUCCAUUCCAGGAAACAUUUUCCUGCUGCCCUUUAAACUACCUAAGUAGUAAUUGUUUUUAUCAAGGCUUUUAUUGACAGCAGAAUCAGAGGGAGGCUGUGGGUGACAUGAAGGUUAAGGGGUGGUCUUGAACCCUGAUUGCCGAUGGGAAGGCUUGUGUAGCCACUCGACCACGGCUCAGCCCCCACGUAGCGACCUCUGUUGGGAGCCAUUCACAAAGGUUUCUAGGAGGGCUAAGUGACCGAUUAAUGGUUGACCAUAUAUGGACCUGGAGGAAGGGUAGCCACCGUCAUGUUGUGCUUCUCCAUGCAGUCUUUAAACAUUGACCAACUAACCAACUUGUGGUGGAAUAAACCUAUUUUUACUUGAUUCAGUAAUGCCAUUGUACAGUAAUGGCUGAGCUCCGCUGUCUAAGGUGCUUUUACUUUAUUGCACUCGGCCAAUCCGUUUUCGUAUUGUUUCAUAUUUAAGUGGAUGAAAUUAAAGAUUUUACUUUUAAAUGGCUAAUUUAAACAGCUCUCACUGAUUUAAUUUCAAUGCAAGCUGAAUUGUGCGCAAACCCCCACUAACAAGUGCAACUUCAAAACACCUGGGUAACU